CUUUGGACGAGCUGGGGAGCCUCGCUCGUCUUCAGCAGGUCCCCUCGGCGCAGGAUAUAAGUGUGUGCGGCGGGUCUGCUCAGCAUAAGAUCUGAUAUUGUUGGAUCUGCGGAGGUUGUUGAAGAGUGUAGCCGCAGCAUGGCUAGCGGUCCCAGUAGCACAACCCCAGGAUGGAAGCAGAUGUCUUGGCGGAAGAGGCCACAGAGUGUUGUGGCUUGGGAGAGCAAAGCUGAAUGGGACCAAGUGAUGGUGGGCCUAUAUUGUGGGGACCGUGAAAUACAACGGGAUGCAUUGGACCGAGUAUCUGCUUGGAAAAGCAGGUAUGGACAUAGGAUGCCAUUAGCUGUGGAAUGCACUGCAGAUCUGAUUCGUUGUAAACUCCUAGAUGCCUCUGGUGUUCUGAAAUCCCAUGAAAUGGUGCUUACAUAUGGUCUAGCUCUUGUGAGGUUUGUGAACCUCCUCACAGAGAGGAAGCAGAAAACGGUCAUCAUUCCACUGAGACGCCUAGCAAAAGAGCUAAACAUCCCAGUAUGGAUUGUGAACCUUCGUCAUGAUUUGACCCAUGGCAACCUACCUCACCUGGAUGCUUGCCAAAAAGGCUGUGAUAUUGUCCUGGAAUGGCUCCGGCAAACAUAUUGGAGCCGCCAGUUGGCCAAUAACCUAAUAAGAGGAUGUGAUGAGGAUGAGGAAUCGCUACUAGCAGGUACCGGGUCCAUCAGCAGCAUAAUGGAGCCUGAAAAAUUGGAGUCCCUCGACUGUCAGAGAAAUGUGGUGUUUCAAGAGAAAGUCAUGGAAAUUCUGGUUUCCUAUAAAAAUCAACAAGCUGAAGUUCUCCAGCAACCGCAGGACAUCAAUCAGGUCUGCAAAUUGUGGUACAACUCUUCCUCAGAGAUACAGUGGAUUGUGGCCCAGGCGAAAGAGUUGUUCCUAGAGAACAAGGAAGCUAUGAUCGAAGUGCUGCUUGAUGAUGGCUUUCUCAUCCCAACCAUGGAAGAGCUGAACAUCUUGAAUAUUGAACAUCUAGAAACCACGGAUUGGGAUUUUAGAAUCCCUCAGUCUUUUAGUUGCCUCUGGUACCCACUCCUGAAGGGCCUGCACUCUAGAGACUUCACACAGACUCUGGCCGAGAUGCUGUUCCGUGAGCUGAAGAAAUUCUUCUCAAUUCCCGAACUCCGGUCAGACUAUCUCAUCAGGUGGCUUACAAAAAUUAUAGAGACCAGCACACCAUCGAAGAAAAAGUCAAUGCAUUCCCACACAAAUAGCGAAAGCUCCCCAGAGCCAUUUCUUCAACAUGUUUCACUGCAGUGGCAAAAACUCCUUGAUUGUUGCCUAGAAGCUACUUGCUGGGCGAGUCUUCAUCUCAUGCACAUGAUUCUGGAAAAAUUGGAUCAGCCUUUGCCUCCAGAUUCCAAGGAAUUGCUUCUCUACCUCACCUCUAUUUACACCCAAGAGGACUGCUCCGUUCCCAGCCCAGGCUCAAUCCCAGAACUCCGGAAGCAGCCGAUUUAUACUGUGGAGAGCUUACAGUGGCAAGUGAAGCAGAGCAAUAUGGCCAGAGGACUUGCCAAAAGAGCUACAAGGCAUGAGUGGCCACUGGGAGAUAUUGAAGAAGAAGAAGAGAUGGAGGAGGAAGAGGCAGAAGCUCAGGCAGCACAUCUCUACCCUGGAUAUCUUAAUGAGAGAAAGAUGGCUCUGCUUGGAUCGGUCUGGCAGGUCAGCCCAGAUUGGGUGAAGUGGGGAAAUUAUCCUUUGGGGAAAUUGCCUGACCAAUCAGAUGACCCUGACAACCUGCUGGUGGAGAACUACUCCAUGAUGUUGACACACGACCAGCUGAUGGAUGGAGGCAGGAAUAGCACCCCCAAUGCCACCUCUUCAGAAUGGGGUGGCUCUGUUGCUGAGGGAUUAUUAUGGACCCAGAGCGAUCUCCAUAAGAUCAAAAAUGGCCUUCAACUUUUCUAACAAGUGGAUGAUGUGCUGGCGAUGCAGAAGAAUAUACAGUGUGCGGAAUUGGCACUACUGCAAGUGUCACAUACAUACCCUUUCCACAUUUGUAAGAACUCAAUCAUUUAGUGUGGUGGCACCUACACUCUGGAACUCUC